UACCUGAGGUCAGAAAAGAAGCAGCUACUCAUCCUUUGAGCUGAGACGUGAAGUGCCAAACGAUGGCUGACGAACAUCGCUUUGUUUUCAGCGCCCGCAUCAUUGGAGGUGUUCACAGGGACGCACCGAAACUCAGGAUGUUCAUGCUGUCUGUGCUCUGGUCUGACCAGAAUGAAAUUAUUAUCUACAGAUCAUUCCAGGAUUUCAAGGAAUUUCAUAAACAACUAAAAAGGAGAUUUCCUAAUCUGAACCCUUUCCGGAAAGACGACAGAAUGAUCCCAAAGUUCACAGGGAAAGCCAGGAGGAGCAGCGUGCAAAAGAAAGGCUCCAAGAAGUCAGUCCGACGGAUGAAGUUCUUGGAAAGCUACCUCGAAAAACUGCUGAAGUGUGACCAAAGCGUGACCAGGAGCAUCGAGGUCACCCGCUUCUUCACCCCCAAAGACCAUGACCUGCAGCCAGACUACACCAAGAACAGUGUCAUGAUGCUGCUUUCUGAUGAUCAGAAUGACGAGUCAGGUGGAGGAGGAGGCAGAUCUGCCCACCACUUUCACCAUGGAGGCAGCAUCACUAACCCUUUUGUGACCCAGACAUACCACUGCGUGGCUGCCUAUGAGACAAAGGACACCAAGAACCGCCCGUUCAAGGUGGCCAAGGACGAGAAGCUGGACGUCCUGAUCAAAGACCCUGCAGGCUGGUGGCUUGUGGAGAAUGAAGAUAAGCGCCUGGCUUGGUUUCCCGCUCCGUAUCUGGAGCUGUCGGAAGGCGACGACGAUGACGAUGAAGAUGAGCUUCAGCUGAGAGGUGCUCUGUACUGUGCUGUGAGAAGUUACACGUCUAAGAAGGUUGAUGAGAUCUCCGUGCCCAUUGGCUCUGUGGUUGAGGUGCUGAGGAAGUCUGACAACGGCUGGUGGCUCAUUAGAUUCAAUGGCAGAGUAGGCUACAUCCCAACCAUGUACCUGAAGCCAUACAACAACCCUAGGGCCGGCCUUUAUGGGCUGCACAACAGGCUGCAUAGCUCCUCUCUGAAUCUGGCAACAGCCAGCAGGGAUCGCCAGGCUCCCUACCCUCCCAGUAUCCACGAAGAAGAUGACCUACACCAGAAUUCUGCUGGCCCCUCCAGACAAAUGUUUGAGCCAGCACGUCUCCACAAGGCUCGAUCUCUUGAUGUCCUCUCCGAUCCCUGGCCUCAGGGAGAGGAGGAGAGGGAAGCCCCAGCCUCAAACAGUCACCCGAGCAUCAUGAGCCAAAUCAGCUCUGAUUCCAUUCUCUCUGAGUUCUCCUCAAGCAGUGACUCGUCCUCCAGUCUGAGGGAGGAGGCGCAGAGCCACGCAGACCACCCUGCAGCCACGCAACAGCCCGACAGCUCGCGCAGCAGCCCCGAUCCCAGCCUCUUAGACGGCGUCAGCUUCAACAGCGGCUCAGAGAGUUCUGGGUCUGUCAAGUCCAAAGGCAGCAGCAACGCCUCAGUCGUCCCCAGGGUACCUCCCCGACCCAAAACAGAGGAGAUCCUGACCCGCUGCACCACCAUGACGCGCAAGGCAGCCCUGGCCACCAAGGCUCGGCUCCAGAUUCACCCCAAGUCCAUUCACAGCCGUUAAGGAAACCACGGCACCAGUGCUAUACAUUACAAAUCCUACAAUAAGUUGUAUUCUUAAUGAUACUCACUUGUUUCUGCAAACCUUUUAGACUCAUUAUGUGUUUAUAAGAAGCAAAUGUAACUUGUUCAAAGCCACAUUUAGAUGAGUUUAAGACGCAUUGCUUAACUUUUUGCUUGCUUCCUUUUUAUGUGAAAGGCUAAAGGGAAAGCAGCUUGGACAAGGCAGCCGCAGACUAAAAUUUCAUAAAAUGAUGUCAAGACAAUUCCCAUUUUAUCAAAUGGAUCUUGGCGUCUUAAUUUUGAAUAUUUCAGUGUAAGUAUAAGACUAAUGUAGCUUCAGUGAAGCAUUAUGAGGAGCAGUAAGUAAGUCUACGUAUGUGACCUUUGUUUGUUUUCUAGCUUUGAAGAGUGUUUUGGGGAAAUUUCGGUGGCCUUGAAGCGGUUGUAAAUGUACAGGGGCUUUAUGGCUGUUUUAACAUGUAGAAAUCAAUCAAAUCAGCUGUGGGUUCAAAAAUAUUGUAAUAGAUUGUGAAUAUGGUUAAAUGAUUAUUUCCUCUUUAUUCACUGCAGUGCUUGUGCUUGACAGAUUUGAAAAACUAAUACAUGUGAAGCAGCUUUUGCAAAAAAAAAAAGGAGCAGCAAGGCACGCAUCAGUGAACAGACUGAAUGCUGACGCAAAGACCUUUUGAAUGACUGCACUGAAACGUCAUGGGCGUGGUAAACAAGCUGUCGGGGAAACAGGGAGGGGUGGCUUGUGGGUCUCCUGCCAUGAUGUGUUGUUUUUGUAGGUUUUUUUUUUUCAUUUUUGUUUGUUUUUGAAGUAGCCUCUUGUAUGAAUGUGCUGCUGCUUCACUAUGUACCUUAUAUCCUGCAUGAAAUAGGUCAAUAAAAUUGAAUGUGCACCGA